GUGUGUGAGCAGCAGGUGGUGUGCGGAGCGCCAAACCCAAACUUUACGCACCGUGCGGCUGCCUCACCUUCACGUUUCUCUUUCCCUUAGUGGAUUAACACCUGAGCAUCAACUGCUGCCUUUCCCACCCGACCACAAUGGAUUAACGUUUUUCCAGGGAGUCAUGCUCGCAUUCUCGGCUCAUCUUAAGUCGCGCGGCGGGGUCUUUGCAGGGAACCGAUCCGACUUGGAAGCCCUCCAUUCCCGUUUCCGCAUUCCCGCAGCCACCGUGCGCACUGCAGGCGUGUAGCUCAAAUCCACGAUCUCAACGAGAGAGAAAAAACCGGUUCCUCCGGCUAAUCUACCCAACUCUUGCUGGCGGUGCAUUAUGUGUCCAGCCAGAGGAACAGAGGGAAAACGGAGGACUGAACGGCCGGUGACUGUAGGCUGUGAACGGCCGUUUUCAGCCUGAAGCGCGUCUUAUUGAUCGGUGUUACGGUAAAACCUGGAAUAACCCCGCCACGCUCGUUCGUGUCCCGGGAUGGAGAGUUGCUGUCGCUGCUGUAUGCCGUGUUUAAGCCCCCUCUGGAACUACAUUUGGCCCGAUCCCCGUUAUCCAUAUGUCUCCGACAACAACCAUGUCAUCGCCAACCCGGCGGCGAUGGAGAUCCCAACCGUGUCCGGUGAAAUCCGCGUCCCGUCGCCCAAGAGGCGGCCGGUGCAGCUUUACGCGGCGCUCUUCGACUUCCAGGCCCGCAGUGACGACGAGCUGACGGUGAAGGAGGGGGACAAGUUGUCGGUGAUCGAGAAGCGGGGGGAGUACGUGCUGGCCCAGAAGCUGACCGGGUCUCAGGGGUCCGGACUGAUCCCGGCGAACUACGUGGCUCUGCUGCAGGACGAGUUCGCCAAAUACAAGUGGUACUACGGGAACAUAAACCGCGUGAAAGCUGAGAAACUGCUGCUGGCCUCCCAAAACAAAGAUGGCUCCUUCCUUGUUCGCAUCAGUGAGAGUCACAGUGAUGAAUACACAGUCUCCGCCCGGAGUGAGGGGAAGGUGUCCCAUUUCCGGAUCCAGCGAUCCUCCAUCGGCGCAUACUUUGUGUCGGAAAACGUCUCCUUCGCUACGCUGGGAGAACUGAUCUCGUACUACCAAAAAAACGGCCACAGCCUGGGAGUAUUGCUGGUGGAGCCCUGUGCCCAGCAGCGGGAGCUGUUUGACAUGGAGCAGUGGGAGACACCUCGAGAAGAGUUCAGACUCCACAAGAAACUGGGAGAGGGACAUUUUGGAGAAGUGUGGGAGGCUGUGUGGACCACAAAGAACAAGAAAGUGGCCAUAAAGACACUGAAACAAGAGGACAUGAAGCAGGAUGAGUUUGUGAAAGAGCUUCAGGCGCUGAAGACCCUCCAUCACCCGAAGCUGAUCCAGCUGUUGGCCAUGUGCUCCAGAGGAGAACCGGUCUACAUCGUGACGGAGCUCAUGACCAAAGGAAACCUCAAGUCCUACCUCGCCUCUGCUCAAGGCCAGAUGCUGAAAUCAGCUCAUCUGAUCUACAUGGGCAGUCAGAUUGCAGAGGGCAUGGCCUACCUGGAGGACAGAAAGAUCGUCCACAGAGACCUGGCUGCCAGGAACAUCCUGGUGGGAGAAGAUCUGGUCUGCAAGGUGGCCGACUUCGGUCUGGCUCGGAUUAUUAAGGACAGCGUGUAUACGGCCAGUAAAAACACAAAGAUCCCGGUUCGGUGGACGGCUCCAGAAGCGGCACUUCACCAGCGGUUCUCUGUAAAAUCAGAUGUCUGGUCUUUUGGGGUCCUGCUGUAUGAGAUGAUGUCACGCGGCAAGAUGCCUUAUGAAGGAAAAAGCAACAAGGAAGUGUUGGACCUGUUGUCAUCAGGGUUUCGGCUGCCUUGUCCAGCCCGUUGUCCUCAAGUUAUUUACCACAUCAUGAUUGAGUGCUGGGCCCCUGAGCCCUCCAAGAGACCCUCCUUCCACGCUCUGUACAGCCAGCUGGAUUCAAUAUAUACCAAGAUAUAUUACAAGACUAUAGAGGUGUAGAAAGAGGGAGAAAUGGAGGAAGACGAGGCGCAGAAGCAGAAUGGACUGCAAAAAUGAAGACAGAAAAGCGGGGAUGAGAAAUAAUGAAUAUUCUCCUACCCCAUGUAAUCUACUUCCACAACAGGGUAUAUGUACUUAUAAAACACCAAGGUGUGAAAGGACAGAGGGAGGAGAGCAUUAAAAGCGGACAGAAGUGAGAGAAGAUGCUCAUCAAGUCAAAGAAGAAGGACGGGAAAUUAGAGUUCCUCUAAUUGAAAGCAAGACGGACAAAUGAAUGAAGUAGCCUGAGAAAGGUGUGUAAAUACACUUAUCAAAAAAACAACUUCCACUAAAACCCUCAGCACAUUCACAGAACAGACUCUUUUUUUUAAUUUUAUACACUUUUGUGUUUUAUAAAUAAUAUUUUAUUACUUCUGUAUGUGCCAUGUCUGGGUAUGCACACUUCGAAAAGUUGUGAAAUCACUGGCUAGGACUUAAAUCACUCAUUUGUCUUUUGACUGCAAAGACAGGGCUCAAAUUGAGGUUGUGUGCAAUAAAGUAAGUGCUUGCUGGGUUUUUUAGCCACGCUAGCAGCUUGGUGCCAGAGAUGCUAAUAUGGAUGCUGUCGGUCCAAAACAGAUUUAGAUGAUUGCUGUGAUAUUUGGUACAGAGCUUCGUGUUAUCUAAUUGUCUGAUUAGAUAAUCUAACAAUUUUGGUGAUCCCAAUGUCCUCUUGUCCUUGUUUCGAGUAUCUAAUCAUGAAGUAAUAACCAAAUUCCCAUCGGCAUUAGCUGAACCCUGAGGUUAAACGAUAGAUCUAAGCUAUUUCAGAAUGAUCACAGCAACCAAUAACUCUUUCGUUCUACAUAUAGCAUGCGAGCAAGACAGACUUCAAAUAUAACUUUUAAAUUUAUAGUGUGACAUUUUGGAAUAGACACAUUAUUGACGCUAUGUAACAUUAGAGUCUUCCUGUAUUGGAGACAGCCUCUAUGGACGUUUCAUUAGCUAAUGGCAGAGGAGAAGAGACCGAAGAUGACGAUGACAGAAGAAGCUAAGGAAAGAAAAAUAGAGUUACCAAGAAAAGUCAAACGGAUGUGGGCGAACACGGCAAGACAGAUGUAAACCAAAAAAAGUUCACUACGCCCGGCCCAAGCUCCCAGGAUCAGAGCUGGGCUGUGAGUCAAGUGUGGUUGACAAGAAAAGGAGCGUCACAACUCCCCCAAAACCUUUUUUUUUUUAUUAAAUCAAGUCCUAUAAUAUUUGGAAAGUCAAGAAGAGCUGUAUGAUGCCAACAGGAAGUCAGCCGCGUGGCUGGAGAAGGACUUAUGGCAUGCUCUAUAAGCCCAAAAAUGUUAGCAUGUUAGUUUGCUAAAGUUUAGCAUGUAUAACACACUAAAUUUGGGGGGUGCUGAUCAUUAGCAUGUUAAUACAUUUAGUACAGCUUAGACUGAUUAAAAGAUAAACCAGGCUGAGUCUGAGAUGUCCUAAAAUGGCCACUAUUCAGAGGACGCAAUGACAUCCUCGGGACAACUCGGCUCAACACUUUAUAAAAGAGUCAAAGUUUCCUCUUUCCUCUUUAUUUUUUAUCCACCAGUUUUAGUUUUCUGGCCUCAUGGGCCCUCUAGCGUGGCUAUACACCGUUGAGUCUUAUUAACCACAAGCAUAAAGUAUUUUAUUCAGCCUACCUUCUGUUACAGGGAUUUGAGAAGGUUUUGGCUGCAUGUUACUUAUCUAUUACGUCUGGAUACAAGUUUCGUUAGAAUAGUGUGGGGAUUUUUUUAAUCCUCCUAUGAUACAUUUUUGGUUUUGGCUUGAAAAGCCAGUCAGCCAUAGUGGCACGUGUACAAACCUUAAAGUUAUUAAACCUCUUUUAGAGGCUUACAGUAAUUGCCAGUUAUAACUAGCGUGCCUAUGUUUACACUGCAGACUCUGUCCACACGAUACACUUCCAAAUAAAUGUAACUUAUUAAAUAACUUUAAAGAGAACCCGAGGCAGAAAGACCUUUCUCAGUGAUAUCCAGAAGACUCUUUUAAAAGGGGGGGGGGGGUUUGUGCACCAUAAAAUUGUACAACAAUGUUGAAAUGCAAUGCACUUUGAGAACAAUGCAACUUUUGUCUUUUAUGCAUGACAUUUAUAGCAGACAAAGCCAAUUUCAGGAAACUAGCCAUAAUCACCAAAUCACAAGAGUGAAUUUCAUGUGUUGGGCUGUGUGCCAUGAGGUAUCAAACAAAACACCAGUAGUGUAAAGAAUAAAAGUAUUUUAAGUAUUGUUUUGAAA